AGAAGAAGAAGCAGCAGAGGUAUUUAAAAAAAAUAUCACACUGCUGUCAAGGCAACGGAACUCAUGUAGUUAGCUAGCUAACGUUAGCAGGGCAGUGAAAAUAGAUGAAAUCAUGCUGCAAAAUGUGAAAGUCAUAUAUUUUAGCCAUCAUUUGCUUGCUAGAGCAAAUAGCUUGUAGCGUUUGCCACGUGAGGGGCGAACUUUAGCAACUCAUUGCAGCUGAAGUUAGCUAGCUAGCUAGCAUAACAAGUUUGUCACAGACAAAAGGGGAAACCAGUAUCUUUUAGUUUGUUUUCAUUUUGUGAAAACAAUAUAUUUUCUAGGUAUUAGCUAGUUAACUAUGGCAAGUAAAAAGCUCAGAAGAACAGGUGUGUCACUCGAAGUAUGCGAACGACUCAAGCGCCACCAAAUCGAAACUUGCCAGGUAAGAGAUCGUGACAUUCGGUGUUGCUGCUAACGUUCUGGAUUACAAGUUUAUAUCAUGUGAAAUGUUACCAUUAUCGAAUAUUGUCAUAUCAAAGAAUAGAUGGAGUAGAAACGAGAUGCCUUUCGCAACUGUGACUACUAUGCUCCUUGUCACCAGCACCUGCUGUCCCUCACACCUUUAGAGGUGAUGCGCCUCGCCGGGCAGAGUUACCAACAGGUGUUGAUGAUGCUGCAAUCAGUCAGUCAGGCCUGUGCCCCCUCAAUGACCACGGUAAGUCAACAACAACAUCACUAGUGUCACUGUCAUACGUCACUGUUCUGUCUCAUGAAAUUGUUCUUCUUCUUCAGGCCUUGGAGGUGUGGAAGCAGAGGGCUGACCUAUGUUUCUCCACAUCACUACCUGCCCUGGACAGACUGCUCCAGGGAGGGCUACCACGGGGGACACUCACAGAGGUUGUACACCUUCCUUACUGGCUAUAGAGAUGGUGGUGGUGGUGAUGAGGUUUAUAAUGGUGAAGGAGAUAGAGAGAGAAAAUGUAUCACAAACUUCCUUUCCCUCUUUCAGGUGACUGGCCCCUCAGGUUGUGGGAAGAGCCAGAUGUGUAUGAUGCUCAGUGUGCUGGCCACUCUGCCAAAGUACAUGGGCGGCCUCGACAGCGGAGUCAUCUACAUAGAUACAGAGUCGGCUUUCUCAGCAGAGAGGUGAUUGGGACUUACUUUCAUCACCCUCCUUUUCUCUUCUCCCCUCCUGCAUAUUUAUUAUCUUGUCAUAUCUUUUAUAAUCUUCUAUUAUGUAAUAUCUUCUGUAAUCAUGUUAUCUUCUUUGUCUUAUAAAUGCAUUGUGUGGCCUAAAAUGUUAUGUUCUUGGCUCAUCCUUCUUCCAGGUUAGUGGAGAUUGCUCAGAGCAGGUUUCCAGACUACUUCUGUAAGAAGGAGCGUGUGUUGGAGAUGGCUGGACGUGUCCACCUUUUUUGGGAGCUCACGUGUCAGGAUGUCCUGGACAGGUACAGGCCGCCAUGUUGCUUUCAGUCUCUCUGAAAUGUGUCAUUCACCCUUCUCCUCUCACCUCAAGCACGUUCUGGCCCCAUGAAGCAUUUUGGGUCAUGGCGAACUGUUUGAAAGGUACUGUGUCUAAUACUGAUAUUGGUAUUGAUAAAGUUUUGUUUUGGUUCCUUUCAGACUGGAGAGGCUGGAGGAGGACAUCAUCUCCUCCAAGGCUGGGUUGGUGAUUCUUGACUCAGUGGCCUCAGUGGUGAGGAAGGAGUAUGACACAACACUGCCUGGGAACCUCACUCACCGCAGCAACCUGCUGGGCAAGGAGGCUGCCACCCUCAAAUACCUGGCUCAGGCCUUUCACAUCCCUGUGAGUGUGUGUGUGUGUGCAGGGGUUAAAUUGGGCCGGGUCCGAGUCACGGCACCUAUGAUCCAAAUGAGAGCCAGGUGGAGCUGAGACCUGGUACCUGCUUUGGUUAUUUGAAUUGUUCUCCACAUUUCAUUUUCCACAGCCAAAAAUACGAGUAAGCAACACCAAAAUUAGACAACCCCAUAGUAGAAUAGUUUACCUAUUCAAUUGUUCAGCCUGUCGCAUUCUUUGCGAGAAAAUAAUAUUAAUCUCGAGGCACAUUCAAAUUGCGAGUGCCGCACAGGGAAAGAAAUAUGCAUGCCCAGUCAUUGUACAACAUUCUUAAUGCAGUCGCGGGAAAACGCACCUUUUGAAAGCAGGUUUGAUGGCAACUGUUAAAAGAGGAGGAUAACCGAUUUUUUUCGAGUGUUACUAGGCUUUUUUGAACCAGAGUUUUUAGCAGAGGCAUGGUUUAUGCGGUUAGCGUUCGCCGUUGGGUUGAAUGCAUAGGGAAGACUGGCGCUAAAAGUAACAAGGAUCAGGUGUAACAUAUUAUAUUAUAUUCACUGUACAUGAUCCUUGGCUGAGUGCCAGUGGAAUGUUUUUUUUGGGACAUUCAAGUCAUCAAUAUGUUGCUAACUAGCAACAAGAUAGCCUAAUGUUUAGAGUUUGUGAUCUAGCUAAUGAUUAGACCAAUGGGGUAAAUGGAGAUGGGCAAGCCUCAGCCUAGUUAUUUAUAGCCACUGUGCUGCAUCAGAUGGGCUAUAUCAGGUGAUAAUGCUAAUUGCUAAGUAGCACACCUGACUGAUAAUAUGGACCAAUAUGUUAUUGGGCUAAUUUCUGGAGGGGGACAUUAUAUUUUAGAUGUCAGCAUCAUUUUAUUUUCCUUCAUUUUGCAUUAUAAUGUCAUUUUAGAAAGUAACCAGAACUGACUUUCUCACAGUCAUUCUCCCCCUCCACAUUUUUUAUUAGGUCCCUCCACAACCUUAGGCUAGUAUAUAUUACCCCCCCAACCCUCGGGCACGCCCCCGAACUAGGGAGCUCCCAAAUCCCAAUUUAACCAGUGUAUGAAAGAGAGAGGGAGGGUCGUGAGGGUAUUUAAAAAGUACUGUGAAGACUGUUUUUUAAAAAUUGAACCAUCACAUCGUUAGGCCCUUGCAGAACGGCCAUUCAGCCACUAGAUGUCAGCAUUAAUACAUUUACAUUUUAGUCAUUUAGCAGACGCUCUUAUCCAGAGCGCCUUACAGUUAGUGAGUGCAUACAUUUUUUUCUUCCCAUACUGGCCCCCCGUGGGAAUCGAACCCACAACCCUGGUGUUGCAAGCGCCAUGCUCUACCAACUGAGCUACACGGAGCCAUAAUACAUCAAGUAAUCCAAGAGAAGGAACCGGCCCUCUGUGUGGGAUUUGGAAGAAAAGGGCGAAAGGCAAUAGUGCAUUGCACUCUGUAGGAAAUGUUUUCCUGAAAUCUAAAACAUCUAAUCCAUAUCUCACAAGGAAUAAUACAUGUGCCCUAUUUGACCCCAAUGCAUCCUCGUUCUCAUCAGUAACACAGCUCAACACUACAUUUACAUUUUAGCAGACGCUCUUAUCCAGAGCGACUUACAGGAGCAAUUAGGGUUAAGUGCCUUGCUCAAGGGCACAUCGACAGAUUUUUCACCUAGUCGGCUCGGGGAUUAGAACUAGCGACCUUUCGGUUACUGGCACAACGCUCUUAACCACUAAGCUACAUGCCGCCGCACUAGAGGACAGGAAAGCACUGAAGGUCCCUACUACAAGUGCUGGCCUAGCCAGCCUAUUAGCACUGGGGAUUGAAAUCAGUUUGUAGUCUAAAAACCCAACUUACCCCUGAACUUUCCACUAGAUACAAAUCUGAAGUCACCCCCUCAUUCCCUGGCCUGUGUUACUCAAGCUUUCUUCCUCAGUCUCCUGGGAGAGUGUAUGAGUUCCAACAUCCAUUUCCCCACUAGUAACACAGGACUCUGACAGCCAGAGGUGAACAGGUGGCGUUUCUCACAGCUGUGGCCCAGGGGCUCUAGAGUCUGGCGCUUGUCCUUGUAUAAUAGUGAUGGACAGCUUAUUUAUUGGUGGCUAUUUUUAUAUGGCUGCAAAGGAUGCAGUGGCCACGUCAGAAUGCCAUGACUGUAUUUACACGUUAACAUACCUGACUAUACAAAGCAACAAGAUCAUCCCGAUAGUUACUAAACACUAAGCUUCUGCUUAAUACUAUAAAAUAAAAUAAAAAAAUCACCUUUAUUUAACCAGGUAAGCCAGUUGAAAACAAGUUCUCAUUUACAACUGCGACCUGGCCAAGAUAAAGCAAAGCAGUGCGAUAAAAACAACAACACAGAGUUACAUAUGGGGUAAAACAAAACAUAAAGUCAAAAAUACAACAGAAAAUAUAUAUACAGUGUGUGCGAAUGUAGUAAGUUAUGGAGGUAAGGCAAUAAAUAGGCCAUAGUGCAAAAUAGUUACAAUUUCGUAUUAACACUGGAAUGAUACAGUGGGGAAAAUAAGUAUUUAGUCAGCCACCAAUUGUGCAAGUUCUCCCACUUAAAAAGAUGAGAGAGGCCUGUAAUUUUCAUCAUAGGUACACGUCAACUAUGACAGACAAAAUGAGAAGAAAAACAAUCCAGAAAAUCACAUUGUAGGAUUUUUAAUGAAUUUAUUUGCAAAUUAUGGUGGAAAAUAAGUAUUUGGUCAAUAACAAAAGUUUCUCAAUACUUUGUUAUAUACCCUUUGUUGGCAAUGACACUGGUCAAAUGUUUUCUGUAAGUCUUCACAAGGUUUUCACACACUGUUGCUGGUAUUUUGGCCCAUUCCUCCAUGCAGAUCUCCUCUAGAGCAGUGAUGUUUUGGGGUUGUCGCUGGGCAACACAGACUUUCAACUCCCUCCAAAGAUUUUCUACGGGGUUGAGAUCUGGAGACUGGCUAGGCCACUCCAGGACCUUGAAAUGUUUCUUACGAAGCCACUCCUUCGUUGCCCGGGCGGUGUGUUUGGGAUCAUUGUCAUGCUGAAAGACCCAGCCACGUUUCAUCUUCAAUGCCCUUGCUGAUGGAAGGAGGUUUUCACUCAAAAUCUCACGAUACAUGGCCCCAUUCAUUCUUUCCUUUACACGGAUCAGUCGCCCUGGUCCCUUUGCAGAAAAACAGCCCCAAAGCAUGAUGUUUCCACCCCCAUGCUUCACAGUAGGUAUGGUGUUCUUUGGAUGCAACUCAGCAUUCUUUGUCCUCCAAACACGACAAGUUGAGUUUUUACCAAAAAGUUAUAUUUUGGUUUCAUCUGACCACAUGACAUUCUCCCAAUCCUCUUCUGGAUCAUCCAAAUGCACUCUAGCAAACUUCAGACGGGCCUGGACAUGUACUGGCUUAAGCAGGGGGACACGUCUCGCACUGCAGGAUUUGAGUCCCUGGCGGCGUAGUGUGUUACUGAUGGUAGGCUUUGUUACUUUGGUCCCAGCUCUCUGCAGGUCAUUCACUAGGUCCCCCCGUGUUGUUCUGGGAUUUUUGCUCACCGUUCUUGUGAUCAUUUUGACCCCACAGGGUGAGAUCUUGCGCGGAGCCCCAGAUCGAGGGAGAUUAUCAGUGGCCUUUAUGUCUUCCAUUUCCUAAUAAUUGCUCCCACAGUUGAUUUCUUCAAACCAAGCUGCUUACCUAUUGCAGAUUCAGUCUUCCCAGCCUGGUGCAGGUCUACAAUUUUGUUUCUGGUGUCCUUUGACAGCUCUUUGGUCUUGGCCAUAGUGGAGUUUGGAGUGUGACUGUUUGAGGUUGUGGACAGGUGUCUUUUAUACUGAUAACAAGUUCAAACAGGUGCCAUUAAUACAGGUAACGAGUGGAGGACAGAAGAGCCUCUUAAAGAAGAAGUUACAGGUCUGUGAGAGCCAGAAAUCUUGCUUGUUUGUAGGUGACCAAAUACUUAUUUUCCACCAUAAUUUGCAAAUAAAUUCAUAAAAAAUCCUACAAUGUGAUUUUCUGGAUUUUUUUUCCUCAAUUUGUCUGUCAUAGUUGACGUGUACCUAUGAUGAAAAUUACAGGCCUCUCUCAUCUUUUUAAGUGGGAGAACUUGCACAAUUGGUGGCUGACUAAAUACUUUUUUUUCCCCACUGUAGAUGUGCAAAAGAUGAUGUGCAAAUAGAGAUACUGGGGUGCAAAUUAGCAAAAUAAAUAACAAUAUUGGGAUGAGGUAGUUGGGUGGGCUAAUUUCAGGUGCAGUGAUCGGUAAGCUGCUCUGACAAACGUAUACUUAAGCAAUAAGGCAUGAGAGGGUGCGGUAUAUGGCCAAUAUACCACGGCUAAGGGCUGUUCUUAUGCACGACGCAACGCGAAGUGCCUGAAUACAGCCCUUAGCCCUGGUAUAUUGGCCAUAUUCCGCAAACCCCCGAGGUGCCUUAUUGCUAUUAUAAACUGGUUGCCAACGUGGCAUACCCGUGGCUUUCAGCCAAUACAAUGGCUUUCAGCCAAUUAGCAUUCGGGGCCGAACCACCCAGUUUAUAACACACUACACUAUAUUCUACGCCAGGGGGAUUCAAAUCUUACCCUACGAGCGAGGUCCGGAGUCAGUCUACUGCUAGUUUUCUGUUCUACCUGAUAAUAAAUGUCCUAGGUCUAAAUCAGUCCCUGAUUAGAGAGGAAUAAUGAGAAGGAAGGUCCAUGUUUCCAAUUUGAGGGCUCUAAGCCUAUCCUAUACUAUUUUUUUUUAUUUUUUAGUCAUUUAGCAGACGCUCUUAUCCAGAGCGACUUACAGUUAGUGAGAGCAUACAUUUUUCAUACUGGCCCCCUGUGGGAAACGAACCCACAACCCUGGCGUUGCAAGCGCCAUGCUCUACCAACUGAGCUACAGGGGACUAAACAUCUGAGCUCAUUCAUUACGUAUUUGCUAGCUAACUUGUCUUCUUUGUUUUGUCUGUGUGCCUUUGUGAUCAUUAGGCUUUGGUUUAAGUCAUAUGCUAUUUUCCACACCCGUGUUUUGGCAUACAAGCAUGUUGUGGUUCAUGUGAGGGCUGUCUGGACUUGACAGAGCGUGUUACCUUCACCCCCUCCAUAUUAUUAACUGAAAUGUGCCCUGACAAGAAACCACAGUGAGGUUAGCCUACCUUGCUAGUGGCCCACUGAUUAUUUUAUAAGGGCUAUCAUGAUUAAACAAGUAAAGACUUUUGUUAUUAGCACCCAGGGCCAAACCAACCAGGUUGUUACAUUUACUAGUUGUUGUUUUUAUGUAUGACACGGUGCCAAAUUUUGCGAGACUGGAUGACUGGUAGAUUGGAGCCCUUUGCUUCCAUUCCGCUCCUAGGUUGUGUGGAAUUGUUGAUUUGGUGUGAGUUUACUAGAUGUACAGGUGUAAGAUCUUAAUUUGAUCCUGCAAUUCAGGACAUGUAAUACUUGUGGAGUAUUUGUGGUUUAAAAAGACUUCUGAAGUUUGUAAUUUCCACUUUGAAAUGUCAGACUUUAAUUUUCCUUGAUGAAAAAUGUAUAAACCCCUACACAAUUGUCCAUUUAAUUAUAAUCCACAUAAUAAUUCACAUUUCCUGUUGCUGCAGGUUAUGCUGUAGCAAACUGGAUCAAAUUAACAUCCUACAUAUGUUGCCUAGCUGAGGUUUCAUAGUUUAACUGUGUUGUUUCUCUGGAUUUCUACUAGUUAGAACAACACAUGGGAGCACAUUGCUUGCCCAAACAUGAGUUUAUUAUUGGAGCCUUAUUGUUGACAUAUGGACUUUGACUUAUGUCAGCCGCAGUUGGCUCACAAGGCACUGUAGCUCUCUCAAGCCAGAGGCUGGAGGCUAAAGGACAAUUAGGCCCUAGGCCUACGUCACAUGAGCUAUAUCUGUUUUUAUGAGUCUGUUGUAUUGGCAACAGUUUUAUCAUGUUGGUAUUUCAUCAAGGCCAAUUUGAUUCACAAAGUGCUACAUUGAGCCGCCAAAACUGAUUAUUCGAGGGAAUUUACUGAAAAUUCUGCUGUGUCAGACUUAGACCAGAUGAUAUUCAGAAUACAUUUAUCUCCGGCUUGGUUGGGUUUGGAUUCAAAUUGACCACCCAUAUUGUCUCAAUGUUGUUGACCUCCAACCUACUAUUGACCAUCAGUCAUAUGAGGACAAGUAAAAACAUUUUUAAGACAUAAUUUACCAGGACUUAUCGAAAAAAGGGAUUUGGUAUAUUUUGUGUUCAUAAUCUAAAGUAUAUUGCUUUCAGAUACUGCCUAAAAACCAUGAAAUUAACAUUUAGCGUGGCAAACCAGCACUCUGUGGAAGGUAUUCUCUUCAUGCUUCUCUAUUUUCUCCCUCCUAGGUGGUCUUGACCAACCAGAUCACGACACAUGUGGGCGAUCGAGGAGAGAGAGGCGCUGCGUCAUUCAGGGGAGGUAAACAAAAACACAAACUAAAUAGCCUCCAUGUUAACUGAUCACAUCUGAAUGUAACUACAAUACUAACCAUCCAAUUAACCAUCCAUUGGAUUCAACACAUACUGAUGUAGUGAUGCACCGAGGAUGUUUGUAGCAGGUCGCCUUGCGUGUGACGCUUUGAAACACAUGGAGCGUCACUGAUGGGUCACAGAGAUUUGUUUGAUCUCACUGUUUACCAUCACCUUGGUAACAUAGCUAUUAUAUGACCUGUAUCCAGUAUUGUUAUAAUGUCCCCCUCUCCAUCACUCCCUUAGCAUAGCCUGUGUGUGGAUAUGUAUCCGUGUCCCAGCGGAGUAGUCAGACCGGUGAAUGUUGGGGCAACAUUAUGCUGAAGCUAGCCUUUGAGUAAAGGGAUACGGGUUCUCUUACGUUAUCUAAUAGACACAUGGCAUUGACCUGUAACUGUACUCUCUCUUUCUCUCUCUGACAAACUACUCUCUCUCAUUAAAUACAGUGAUUCCCCCUCGAGGAAGGGCUGCCUCUUUCUCUUUUCUCUCGCUUUCAAUUUUUUCUCUCUCUCUCUCUCUCUUUCUUUCUUUCUUUCUCUCUCUCUCUCUCUCUCUCUCUCUCUCUCUCUCUCUCUCUCUCUCUCUCUCUCUCUCUCUCUCUCUUUCUCUCUCUCCAUAUGUCCUUAGAUGGAGGGGUGAGGCGGGGGAGAGUUCAACAGUAGGGUAUAUCCGAUUCACCCCUCUCUCUGCUCAUGUAAUCAGAUUCACAUCUCCCCUCCCCGGGUCGGACUCCUCUCUACCCCCGCCAUCCCUCCCUUUCUUUCUCCCGCACCUUUUUUCUCCCCCUUUUGUCUCCUGCAGGCAGGUUUCUACCUAUGCUGUUUUCAACCAGAAAUCCCUGCAUCUCGGGUUUCCAGUCAAAUGUCAGGCUCCGUCACCGUCGUCUUUCUCCCAUCGAGGGGCUCCUGGGAUGUGGCUGGGGCGGCGAGCGUGAUGCGCGUGAUGGGAGAGGUCUGAAAAGGCCCUCUGUCUAGUCUGAGGAGAGGGAGAGGGGGAGUCUGGUUUCUACCUGAUCUAGGAUCAGUACUGUGACUCAGGUGGGCCUCAGGUAGCCUCUGGUACUGCGGAGGCCUGAUGAGUGCGUAGAGAAACUACUAGGUAGAGAUGGGUUGGUUGCUGGACUGACCUGUACACAUGCUCUAGCCCAGCUAUCAGUACAGAGAGAAUUUAUUGUUGAAUUCAUAUGUCUGAUUAUUGCUAUCGCUGUCAUCCUUUGCUUGUCUUCAGUGUUAUGUGCCAGAAGCUGAAUGGUUAGCACUUACUGCUUCAUUAUUGAAAUCUCCCUGAAAGAAAUGGCCAGCAUCUGUUUUUGUUUGUGCAUGUCUGAUAUAUUUAUUUAUAUAGAUAUUUGUAAUAUUAGAGAUGAAAAUAGUUCAAUCUCUGAUGCCUUUGAGGCCUGUUCUAGCUCUCUGUGUUUAAUCUAGUGAAACUGAAGUUGUCCAACUGAAGCUCUCUCUGACCUCAUUUUGAUGAAAACUCAAUAGCCAGCCCAGUGCCAACAGUAGUUUGGUGCCAACAGUUGAGACAGGCGAUGCCCAAGGCAGGGCAUAGAAAAUCCCACAAACCCUUAGCUGGCUGUGCUAGCUGUUCUCAAUAGCAAGUGUAAAGCCUAAAGUAAAGUUAUGGAUGAGGGUUGGUGUUCCUAGUGUAAUGGGGGAGAGGUCAUCAUGACAAGCGUUCAUUUUGUCAUAACAUAAAGGAAUGGUAAACAUACUGUUGAAGCUAAUCUCUCAUGGAAGUGACAUGAGAAUUUAACUUCUGGGUAAUCAAGAUUAUGUUGAAGCAGAUGAAUCAUCUAAAUAUGGGUAGGGACUAGGGAGGAAUCAACCACCUAAGGGAAUCUUUGUGUGAGAAGGGAACUCAUUACUUAACACUGGUAAGUAAUGAUACAGCCACCCCAUGCAUGGAGGGACUAGUUGCUGUGUGCAUGCUCGUGAAUGCUCUUGUGAAGUGUUACGUGUGUGUAUGCGUGUGCACACCUGCCUCUAUGUGGGGUGUUUGUGUGUAAAUAAAAAUAGCCUUUAAUAGAGGCUAAACUGGGCCAUCCGGUGUGGUUUAACCCCAUGCUCCCUCUAGGGUUAGAUGGGAGUGAAGGGGGCAUAGGCCAGUCACUGUGGGAGAGCAGGGACCAGCGGACAGACAGUUGGCCUCUAUUUGUCACGCAGCCAGGCCCAGCAGACAGACUGACUGACAGACAGACAGAAGGGCCCAGCGGACAGCAGACCUGGGUUCAAAAUACUAUUUGAAAUAAUUUCAAAUACUUGAGCUGUGUUUGACUGAGCUUGCCUGGUGCAAUGUAAACCCCACCCAGUUGGCACUCCAGGCAGGCUAAAGCAGACAAAUAGUAUUUGAACCCAGGUCUGCAAUGAAUGGAGAGACAGACAGCCUCUUUGUCAACAGCAGGUCCCAACGGACAGACAUACAGACAGCCAGACAUCCUCUCUUUAUUAACAGCAAGGCCGAACGGACAGACAUACAGACAGCCUCUCUUUGUCAACAGCAGGGCUCCUUCAUUGACUGUGUGUGACAGAGGAUGCAGUGAUCCAAGCCCCUCAGCUCCUCCACUGCCUCUGAUAGGAGAGCCACUGUGUGCAGCCAGCCAGCAACACACUGAGACACUUUUCCAUGCCCUCACUCUGGGCUUUAUCUACAUGAUUGUGAUUUCCUUCUCCCCAACUGGUCGCCCUAAUCGACCGCCCGUCUUACCCUCGAGGCUUGGUCACACACAGCCACACUGCACAGAGCUCUCCAGCCACUAGACCACGCCCGUCUUACCCUCGAGGCUUGGUCACACACAGCCACACUGCACAGAGCUCUCCAGCCACUAGACCAAUAGGGUUUAGUAAGGGACAGAGGGUAAAGGAAAACAAAAGGCAGAGGGGGAGAGAGGGUUGUAGAACGAGAGAGAUAAACAGAUUGUGAGAAACAACUAGAGAAAAGUUGAAUGGGAUGCUGAGCGAGAGAGAGUUGUUGAGAGGGGAAAAAGGGGGAUGUUGAAAUCUGUACUGGACUGUAUAUUGGAGCCACUUCCUCCUCUUCUGCACAGCGGGGCAGCCUUUCCAGAGAGCUCUCUCUCUAUCAGAGAUGGCUAUCCUCUCUGCAGCAUAUGGUAUCCAUUCUCUCUAUUAGCAUAGAGAGGGAAAUGCGGUAUGGUUUUCUCUGUCAUACACUUCUUUCUUUGCGAGCUGGACAAGGCCUUUUAGCUAUAUACUAGUACUAGUAACACAUGUACUUGGAUGUUGUUGUUUUAAAACACUUUCAUUGCACUUGGACUUAUGGUGGCACUCAAGGAGCCAUCCAGCAAGGUCAAGUCGUGACAUAGAUACUGUGUUGAAACACUGGACAGGAUUUUGGACUCUACACUAUCUGCUCUCUGUUCCUGUCCAGUUGUGGGAAAAUGUGUGGGCUGCUGGCUUUGUAGGAUCAGGGGAGGCUUAGGAUGGGGGUUAGGGGUAUAGAGUGAAGGAGUUUGUGCAUGUGUGUUUCUGUGUGUCUGAGUGUGUGUGUGUGUGUGUGUUAUGGUUUGGGUGUUUGUGUUAGAGGCCUGUCUAACAGGCAGAGGGGGAGCUAAGCAAAGAGGCUGAUAGCCCCCCCCCCCCCCCAUCCUUCUCCAGGGAGCUGUACAGCAAAUGUCUGCAGAGCACAUGGAGUUUGUUUAGUCUGCCUCUCAGUCCCUCCGGCCUUCUCUUUCCUUCUCUUUCCUUCUCUUUUCGUCUCUUUUGCCUCAGCUCCCAAACGUAUGAGCCAGUUGUACACUGAUUUAUGUUAAAGAGCCCCAAUGGUUAGCUAGAUGCACUAAGGCCCAAAUCUUAAGUUUCAGUUAUAUUCCACUUUGGUUUGACUCUGAAACUGCUGGUCUUAUAGUACUGUAUGUCUUGUCUUUGUCCCGUAGUUUAUUCAGUCAUAUUAAACUGAAUUGCCUUUAACCAGUGUUCCCUGUUCGUAGUACUACUCUAGUCUACUGUAUGUCUCCUCCCUAGUAUAUUGUGAUAUUAAAAUGAAUUGUCUCUCUCUACUGCUGCUGCUCCUCCCGGCCGGGGGAACUUCCAUCACAUGGUUGUGUACCUAUUUUAUUUUCUCUGCCUUGCACACGUUUCCACAGGAAAUGUUUUGAGGAAGUGAGAGUUGCUGAUAGGACACUUGUGCGAGCAGAAUCCCUGCUUACUCCAUGGAAAAAACAUCAAGGAAGGGAAUAAAAAGGACACGGCAAUAUACACACACACGGGUACACAGGCACGUAAACGCACACACACACACGCUCGCAGACAUACACACACACGUGCACGCUUGCGAACACAUAUACACACACACACACGCAUCGCCACCCGCCAGGGCUCAUCCUUCAGCAGACAGAAUUAGCACUCCCAGGCCCAGCCAAGGUUUAUUGGUGUCAUGGGAGCAGAGGGAACCAUGGUCACACAAAAGCAAGCGAUAAUAACAGUGUCAGGGGGCUGGGCCUGUCUUCUGGUUAAUGGUCAUUACACAGCCUGCAGGGUCACACACACACACAGUGGAAAGUGAGAAUCAUGGUGAUGAAUCAAUGACGAUACUUAAAUUACCUAUAGUCAUACUUUUUUUCAGGCUUCAUGGCAGUUUGUUUUGAAUUUGCAGUUUCCAAAUUGAUUGCCAUUUGCUAAGUUUCUGUAUAGUCAGUGAGUCGUUCCACCUCAAAGCACAAGAAAGAGGAUUUCGACAGUUUGUUUUGAAUUUGCAGUUUCCAAAUUGAUUGCCAUUUGCUAAGUUUCUGUAUAGUCAGUGAGUCGUUCCACCUCAAAAAGCACAAGAAAGAGGAUUUCGACAUCCACCAUCUCAGAUUGUUCUGAAAUCGUUUCUGUGGUUAAAAACAGAUAAGAUUAGCAUUCGUGAAACAUUAUUUUGUUGAAAUAUAAUUUGAUCUCUGAGAAAUUAAGGUAAUUGAUUGCACCCAAAUUGGCAAUUUUAAUUUAUAGUAGCUUGCAUUCUAUACCACAAUUUAUUUUCAUCAUGAGCAAAAGCUAUUGGUUUUCUACCCAAAGUUGCAAAGAAAAUGUUGUAAUCCAUUUAAUAAACACAAGAGACCAGAAAAAUGUAUAGUGUGGCAGUAGCAGGUACAGCGGCAUCUAGUGGGCAAAACUUGGUUCUUUCACACUAAUUUAUGGUAUAGAAUGCAAGCUUCAAUGGCCAAUUUCUUUGAACAGGGGGGAAAAAAACAUCACCAGAUUCACAGGGAGUACAUAACAAAGGUUGAAGAUGCAAUACUCCAAGCAGCAGCUCCAUACUACUUGUCAGACAUAGAGAACUGAUACUGUAUACUGGUUGUUGGGGUGUGGGUUGUUUGUGGGUGGCUUUUGAUAAUUUUAUUGGAUUCGUCAUGUCUUACUUAUUGUUAGAAAGAAUUAUGGUCCGGCCACCCGAGUGGCGCAGUGGUCUAAGGCACUGCAUCGCAGUGCUAGCUGUGCCACUAGAGAUCCUGGUUCGAGUCCAGGCUCUGUCGCAGCUGGCCGCGACUGGGAGACCCAUGGGGCGGCGCACAAUUGUCCAGGUUAGGGGAGGGUUUGGCUGGCAGAUAAGUUCUUGUCCCAUUUCCUCCGACACAUUGGUGCGGCUGGUUGGGUUGUGUUUCGGAGGACGCACGGCUCUCAACCUUCGCCUCUCCCGAGUCAGUACGGGAGUUGCAGCGAUGGGACAAGACUGUAACUACCAAUUGGAUACCACGAAAAAGGGGGUAAACUAUAGUUAGGUACUAUAGUUAUUGAAUAUUAUAUGAAUCCUAUAAAUUAUAAUGGACAAUUUGGGCGCAAUGAAUUAGCUUAAUUUCUCAGAGAUCAAAUUAUAUUUCAACAAAAUGUUUCAGGAAUACUAAUCUUAUUUGAUUUCAGAACAAUCUGAGAUGGUGGGUGUCAUGUCUUGCUGAAAUGACAUGGAAUGACCCCUGUAUGAAAUAAAGAUAACACAUCACACAAGUGUGAGUCUGCUGUUCAAAGUUGAACCCAACCCCUGUAAUGUGUGUUUGUGUGUUGCAGCAUCCGAUGAGAGGGAUUCUGAGUAUGUGAUGGCGGCACUGGGCAACACAUGGAGUCAUAGCGUCAACACCCGCCUCAUUGUCCAGUAUGUAGAUGCGCACCAACGACAGGUGAUAUACGAAAUGUCACAGGAUAACGUUUUAGUUUGACUAGCUAUGGGAAAGGAUCUGUCUUCCUAUGUCUUCUUUGGGCCUAUGUGUUCUUUGUGAUUUUAUCCAGAACUGUUAUUAACAAACUUUCACACAACACACAGUUAAAACGACUGAAAUAUGACCAUGCUUAGAUGAUCUAUUGGGGAAAUAGUGUGGUCAGACACGCAUACACACACACACUACUCUCCCUUUAGUCUCAUCCUGCACGACUCAGAGCUGCGGGUGCAUUCCAGAGUCAACUCCCAAAAAGCCUCGGAGGCCCAAACGAAAGGCUCUGUGUUUUCCUUUUUACGAUCCAAAUCCUCCUAAAGAAAACCAGCAUGAAAGGAAAAGCAGCGGUCCACAACUGCUGGUCCAUUAAGGCUUCAGUCUGGUGCCUGGGUCCAUUGGGUUCUCGGGCUGGUUCACUGACGCUGUGCAUGUUUGUGUGCCCCUGUCUCUGUCUGUCUUUCUACCUGUCUGUAUGUAUGCUCCGGCUGCUCUGUCAGUUUGCCAAUGCUCAACUGAACACAGGACAGUCAUCUAUCUAGCCUCCAAAGCGUUCAUCUCCACCACGAUUUCCUUCUAGAUUGAAUUUAUACAAGGCUCUCUUGUAAAAUAGUUUUAUCUCAAUGUGACUCCCUGUUUAAAUAAAGGUUAAUAAAAUAAAUAACUGAUUUGCGAAAACAUGAGAUGGCUUUAUGCAGGGAGACUUGUCUCUGUCAGAGUUAAUGACAUGUUAUUGUGGGCGCGGCGGUUUUGAAAACAGGGAGCUGACUGGUCACUGCAGUCCGCAGAGCAGUGCGUGCCUGUGAAAAUCACUGAGACUGCAUUUAUUCACACUGGUCCUAAUUCGAGUGGGUUUAGUGAAAAUGACUGAUUACCGACCACAGGUAAUCUAAUCCCCUUGGUGAAAUAGCACUCAGGUUUAUUUUUUACUGAAAUAAAGCAACAGCAGUUACAGCAGACAUCUGUAGCUGGUUUGGUCCUAAGUAGAGAUACAUGCUCAAAUGUUGAAACUGCACCUCAGGAAAGCAAACUUUUUAAAUUCUUAGAUGCCAUUGGGGUUGUUUCUUCCACUAGUGCAAAUCUGAGGUUUCCCCCCUCAUAGUAAAUGUUUAACUGACUGGAUGCACAGUGAGUGAGCUCACUGAUGGUAAAGAACGAUCAGUAGGCCUAUGGCUAAAGCUUGUAGAAUAAGUAUGUGGACACAGCGCUUCACAGCUAAUGCCGUCCCAAAGGGCACAUAAAUCAAAUCAAAUCAAAUGUUAUUUGUCACAUACACGUGUUUAGCAGAUGUUAUUGCGGGUGUAGCGAAAUGCUUGUGCUUCUAGCUCCGACAGUGCAGUAAUAUCUAACAAGUAAUAUCUAACAAUUUCACAACAUAUACCCAAUACACACAAAUCUAAGUAAGGAAUGGAAUUUAAGAAUAUAUACAUAUAUGGACAAGCAAUUACAGAGCGGCAUGGACUAAGAUACAGUAGAAUAUUCUAGAAUACAAUACAAUAUAUACAUAUGAGAUGAGUAGUGCAAGAUAUGUAAACAUUAUUCAAGUGACUAGUGUUCCAUUUCUUAAAGUGGCCAGUGUUUCAAUAGGCAGCAGCAGCCUCUAAUGUGCUAGUGAUGGCUAUUUAACAAUCUGAUGGCCUUGAGAUAGAAGCUGUUUUUCAUUCUCUCGGUCCCAGUUUUGAUGCACCUGUACUGACCUCGCCUUCUGGAUGAUAGCGGGGUGAACAGGCAGUGGCUUGGAUGGUUGAUGUCCUUUAUGAUAUUUUUGGCCUUCGUGUAUCGUCGGGUGCUGUAGGUGUCCUGGAGAGCGGGUAGUUUGCCCCCGGUAAUGCGUUCGGCAGACCGCACCACCCUCUGGAGAGCCCUGUGGUUGUGGGCGGUGCAGUUGCCGUACCAGGCGGCGAUACAGCCCGACAGGAUGCUCUCAAUUGUGCAUCUGUAAAAGUUUGUGAGGGUUUUAGGUGCCAAGCCAAAUUUCUUCAGCCUCCUGAGGUUGAAGAGGCUCUGUUGCGCCUUCUUCACCACACUGUCUGCGUGGGUGGACCAUUUCAGUUUGUCAGUGAUGUGUAUGCCAAGGAACUUGAAGCUUUCCACCUUCUCCACUGCGGUCCCAUCGAUGUGGAUAGGGGGGUGCACCCCUUGCUGUUUCCUGAAGUCCACGAUCAUCUCCUUUGUUUUGUUUUGUUGAGGUCGAGGUUGUUUUCCUGGCACCACACUCCCAGAGCCCUCACCUCCUCCCUGUAGGCUGUCUCGUCAUUGUUGGUAAUCAAGCCUACUACGGUUGUGUCGUCUGCAAAUUUGAUGAUUGAGUUGGAGGUGUGCUUGGCCACGCAGUCAUGGUUGAACAGGGAGUACAGGAGGGGGCUGAGCACGCACCCUUGUGGGGCCCCAGUGUUGAGGAUCAGUGAAGUGGAGAUGUUGUUUCCUACCUUCACCACCUGGGGGCGGCCCGUCAGGAAGUCCAGGACCCAGUUGCACAGGGCAGGGUUCAGACCCAGGGCCUCGAGCUUAAUGAUGAGCUUGGAGGGUACUAUGGUGUUGAAUGCUGAGCUAUAGUCAAUGAACAGCAUUCUUACAUAGGAAUUCCUCUUGGGCAGUGUGCAGUGUGAUGGCGAUUGCAUCGUCUGUGAAUCUAUUGGGGCGGUAAGCAAAUUGAAGUGGGUCUAGGGUGACAGGUAAGGUAGAGGUGAUAUGAUCCUUUACUAGUCUCUCAAAGCACUUCAUGAUGACAGAGGUGAGUGCUACGGGGCGAUAGUCAUUUAGUUCAGUUACCUUUGCUUUCUUGGGUACAGGAACAAUGGUGGCCAUCUUGAAGCAUGUGGGGACAGCAGACUGGGAAAGGGAGAGAUUGAAUAUGUCCUAAACACACUAGCCAGUUGGUCUGCGCAUGCUCGGAGGACGCGGCUAGGGAUGCCGUCUCGGCCGGCAGCCUUGCGGGGGUUAACAUGCUUAAAUGUCUUACUCACGUCGGCCACAGAGAAGGAGAGGCCACAGUCCUUGCUAGUGGGCCUCGUCGGUGGCACUGUGUUAUCCUCAAAGCGGGCUAAGAAGGUGUUUAGCUUGCUAGAUGUGGCUGGUUUUCCUUUUGUAGUCCGUGAUUGUCUGUAGACCCUGCCACAUACGUCUCGUGUCUGAGAUGUUGAAUUGGGACUCCACUUUGUCUCUAUACUGAUGUUUUGCCAGUUUUAUUGCCUUUGGGAGUGAGUAGCUACACUGUUUGUAUUCUGGCAUAUUCCCAGUCACCUUGCCAUGGUUAAAUGCGGUGGUUCGCGCUUUCAGUUUUGCGCGAAUGCUGCCAUCUAUCCACGGUUUCUGGUUAGGGUAGGUUUUAAUAGUCACAUUGGGCACAACAUCACCUAUACACUUCCUGAUAAACUCAGUCACUGUUUCAGUGUAUUCAUCAAAUUUAUUUUCGCAAGCUACCCGGAACAUAUCCCAGUCCGCGUGAUCAAAACAAUUUUGAAGCGUGGAUUCCGAUUGGUCAAACCAGCGUUGAAGAGUCCUUAGCACGGGUACUUCCUGUUUGAGUUUCUGCCUAUAGGAAGGGAGGAGCAAAAUGGAGUCGUGGUCAGAUAUGCCGAAAGGAGGGCGGGGGAGGGCCUUAUAACCAUCCCGGAAGUUCGAAUAGCAAUGGUCGAGGAUUUUAGCAGCCCGAGUACAACAGUCGAUAUGUUGAUAGAACUUCGGCAGGCUAGUCCUCAAAUUUGCUUUGUUAAAAUCCUCGGCUACAAUAAAUGCAGCCUCAGGAUAUGUGGUUUCCAGUUUGCAUGAAGUCCAGUGAAGUUCUUUGAGGGUCGUUGUGGUAUCGGCUUGAGGGGGGAUAUACACGGCCGUGACUAUAACCAAAGAAAAUUAUCUUGGGAGAAAAUUUGGUCGGCAUUUGAUUGUGAGAUAUUCUUGGUAGGGUGAACAGAAAGACUUGAGUUCCUGUAUGUUACUACAAUUACACCAUGAGUCGUUAAUCAUGAAACACACACCCCCGCCCUUCUGCUUCCCGGAGAGAUAUUUAUUUCUGUCUGCGCGAUGAACUGAGAACCCAUCUGGCUGGACCGAUUCCGACAGAAUAUCCCCAGAGAGCCAUGUUUCCGUGAAACAGAGUAUGUUACAGGCCUUGAUGUCUCUCUGGAAAGAAAUCUUUGCCCUUAGCUCGUCGACCUUGUUAUCCAAAGACUGAACAUCAGCGAGUAGUAUACUUGGAAGCGGUGGGUGGUGUGCGCGCCUCCUAAGUCGAACCAGCAGGCCGCUCCAAGUGCCUCUCCUCUGCCGGCGAUGUUUUGGGUCAGCCGCUGGAAUCAGUUCAAUUGCCCUGGGGAGAGCAAACAAAGGAUCUGCUUCUGGAAAGUCGUAUUCCUGGUCGUAAUGCUGGUGAGUUACCGCCGCUCUGAUAUCCAAUAGUUUUUCCCGGCUGUAUGUAAUGAUACAAAACACUUUCUGAGCUAAUAAUGUAAAAAAUAAUACAUAAAGAAACAAAAUACCUUAAGAGCUAGUCGGCGCCAAGUUUACCAAUGAAAAGGAGAGACUGAGGGAAAAAUGUAAGGUGAUUUAUAUCUCUUUUCCAUGUCUGCACUUUUGCCUCCCAGUCUCUCUGCUUUUCUAUGGCUAAAGCUCAUACAGAGAUUCAGCAUGGCUAGAAUUACCUCUCGUUCAACCCACCAACAGUAUGUCAAGCCUGAUGAAGCAAGAACACUGAGAAAACUUCACUUCCUUGUUUUGACGGGUGAUUUCACAACAUUUAUCACAGCCGUGAUUCAACGCGCCUCCAAAAACACUGACGCUGCACUCGUUAUUUCUGUACUGUUUGCAGCUAUAUGUGCUGCAGCAACCUCAACCGUCUUGUUUUCGCUUCGAUUAGUUCUUCCUUUGAGUUUAGAUGGUGGUAGCAAAUAUGCCCAGGCUGGUUUGAACUGAGCCAGGACAUGCAACAGUAGUCUGGUCCCAAAUAUGUUUGUACUGAAUGACCUGGAAUUGGCAAGAUGGCACAAAGACAUCUGGGACCAGGCUAAAGUAGUCUCGGAAAUCCCAGACCUUGGAGCAACGGCACAAAGUCGGGGGAGGAUGUUGAAUUCUUUUGGACAUUUUCGAAAGGGGAGAAAAAUAAUUCCGCGGUGGGUCCUCUUCAGACAGACAACUCUCCAAAGAAAUCAGAAGGUCGGGUAGGCGGAGCUUAAAAUGUGGGCGGGAAUUGUGCUCAUGUUUAGCUAGGGCAACAAGCGGAUACGGCAGUGAUGUAACCGGUGACGCGUGUCCCAUUUCCGACUCGUCCUCUCUAUCCCAACUGACUGACUUCCACAGACGUGUACAUUGUGGGAGGCAACCCAUCUGUCUAGAGAGACUAACGCUAAAGCAACACCACGCCAACCAUGCCACAUGGCUAAGAUGGCGCCGACGGAGGGUGCUUCGACUCAAGCUCCAAUAAAACAUUGCAGGUUUCAAUUUUUUGUUUUUUUAUUAUUGUAUUUUGAGACAGGCUUGAAUAAGGUAAGUAGCCAAUAGGCAGAGGGUAGCAUAAUUUGUCUGAUUCUCUCCCAUAAUGGUAUGGGAAUAAUUAUGCAUUUAUUUUGUAAAGUGGUUUCUUGCAUCAAACAACACAACAUUUUCAGUCAUUAAACAGGUUAAUGUCAAGCCCUGCAUUUUUUUUCAGAAGUCUCAUGGAAUGUAGGCCUACAUUGAACACCACACAUUGGCUGCUACUGUAGGCUGAACUAUAGAACAGCUAUUUCCAUGUUAAAAUGUUUUGAUGAUGUUGAAAUGAUGCAUUUUCUCCAUUGUUUUUGAUGGUAGGCCACUGGUAUGAUCAAAUAGCCGCAGUAGCCUACUUGACCACUGUUAAAACGAACUUAAAGCGGGUACAGUCUCACUGUUCACAGUAAAUGCGCCGGAAGUUGCACAGAUUUUCACAACAUUACCUCCUCGAGACUGAUUCUCAACACUGUGGCCCCAUAAGGGUGCAUACUCAGUCCCCUCCUGUAUUCCCUGUAACCCACGACUGCGUGGCCUCACACAAUUCCAACUCUAUCAUCAAGUUCGCUUACGACACGACAGUAAUAGGCCUGAUUACCAACAACGACGAGACGGCUUACAGCAGUGUUCCACAACUGACACCGGUGGUUUUAUUUGGCUCCCCAAGUUUUCAGAUUUUUAUAAUUUAUACAUUUAAUUGUUGGACAUAAAAGACUGUAAAAACACCAGGAAAUCAGCUCCAAUUGAUUUUAACUUUGGAAAUCUGUUCCCAAGUAUUCCCACGCAGGCAAGUUGCAGUCUACAAAUGGUUAGUAAUUAUGUUCAAGAAAAGAUCAUCCCUCAACGUCAGCAAAACAAAGGAGCUGAUUGUGGACUUCAGGAGGAACCAGGCUGGUUCGGGGCCACCGUGGAGACGGUCAACUUAAAAUUCCUCUGCGUACACAUCACAGAGAAGCUGAAAUGGUCAAACCACACAGACACCGUGGUGAAGAAGGCACGACAGCAACUCUUCAACCUCAGGAUGCUGAAGAAAUUCGGCCUGUCCCCGAGGGCCCUCACAGUGUUCUACAGGAGCACCAUCGAGAGCAUACUGUCGGCUGCAUCACAGCCUGGUAAGGCAACUCCACCGCCGCGGACCGCAAGAGGGUGAUACGCGCAGCCAAACACACCAUUGGGUGCACACUGCCUGCCCUCAAGGACACCUAAAACACCAGGUGUCGCAGGAAGGCCAAGAAGAUAAUCAGGGACCCCAGCCACCCGAGCCAUGCCCUGUCCCUGCUUUCAUCACUCAGACGCGGGCAGUACAGGAGCAUCAUGGCGAAAAACUGGAAGAUUAACAAAUAGUUUCUACCCCAAGACCAUCAGGCUGCUGAAUAGCCACCACUAGUCAGCUACCUGCUCCCCCCUGCUGCUCUCCCUAUGGAUAUUUUCCCCCCACCCCCCUCAACUUAAUUUUACUCUACCGCACCCAAAUGACAUUCAUCACUUUUGCAGUUGUUAAUAUGUAUAUUAUUAUUUACAAAAAUAUAAAUGCAACGUGACGAUUUCAACGAUAUUACUGAGUUAGAGUUCAUAUAAGGAAAUCAGUCAAUUUAAAUAAAUUAGGCCCUAAUCUAUGGAUUUCACAUGACUGGGCAGGGGCACAGCCAUGGGUGGGCCUGGGAAGGCAUAAACCCACCCACUGGGGAGCCAGGCCCAGCCAAUCAGAAUGUGUUUUAGCCCACAAAAGGGCUUUAUUACAGACUUAUUAAAUACUCCUCAGUGUCAGCAGCUGUCCGGGUGGCUUGUCUCCGAUGAUCCCGCAGGUGAAGAAGAUGUGGAGGUCCUGGCCUGGCGUGGUAACAUGUGGUCUGCGGUUGUGAGGCCGGUUGGACGUAAUGCCAAAUUCUCUAAAACAACGUUGGAGGCGGCUUAUGGUAGAGAAAUUAACAUUAAAUUCUCUGGCAACAGCUCUGGUGGACAUUCCUGCAGUCAGCAUGUCAAUUGCACGCUCCCUCAAAACUUGAGACAUCAGUGGCAUUGUGUUGUGACCAAACUGCACAUUUUAGAGUGGCCUUUUAUUGUCCCCAGCACAAGGUGCACCUGUGUAAUGAUCAUGUUGUUUAAUCAGCUUCUUGAUAUGCCACAACUGUCAGGUGGAUGGAUUAUUUUGGCAAAGGAGAAAUGCUCACUAACAGGGAUGUAAACAAAUAUGUGCAAGAGAAAUAAGCUUUUUGUGCGUAUGGAAAAUUUCUGGGAUCUUUCUGGGAUCUCAUGAAACAUGGGACCAACACUUUUUACAUGUUGUGUUUAUUUUUGUUCAGUAUGUGUGUAUAUGUGUAUAUAUAUAUAUAUAUAUAUAUAUAUAUAUAUAUAUUUUUUUUUUUUUUCACUUGGUCCCCACACCUCCUCAAUGGUAAUUUAGUCUGACUGCUGCUCCUCCUAUGGUCAUUACCCCACCCCCUCAACAAUCUUUACUCUGCCUCCACCCCAACGGACAUUUAUUUAUUCAUCACUGCUACAGUAUUUCUAUUGUUGUUUUUUAUUAUAAUUUUCAUUGUUUUAUUUAACUUAAUCCUGUAUGUUGGAGCUCGGAGCCUAAGGUUUUCACUGUACCCUGCAAUCAUACUGCAACCCUGUACAUGUGACUAUUAAACACUGAAUCUGAACAAAAUCAGCGUUGUGGCUAGGUGACAAAAGGGACAGAUCUGGGCACGUUGGCAUCUUCAAGUGGCUUGACGCAAAUUCUUGGCAGCAUCGGGGCAACCCAAGUAACCUUUCACCCCCCCAACCUUAUCCCAUUGUGUCCAAUCAAAAACCCAUUGGCGACGUGCCCCGUUGUCCUCGUGUUGUCAUGUUUCGCUCGACGACGCCUAACUUUCACACUGCCUGCAAGACAAUAGGCCGUGACACUCUGUCUGAGAGCUAGUGGGGAGUGUCGUCUGAGUGACCUCCAACACGACACUUGAACCUAUCUCUGUCCAUUAUGCGUAACAUCUCUCACUUGUGAGUGUGAAUGUGACUGUCUGACAACCCAGUGAACCCACCUUCGUAUCUCUAUCUUCCUCUCUUCUCUCUCACACUUAAUAUCUCUGUCUCUCUCCCCUCUCUCUUUCACAGAUUGUGAUAGCCAAGUCACCUGUGGCCCCGUUUGCUGUUCUAAACUACACCGUCCAGAAGGAGGGCAUCCGUCUAGAGGGUGAGUGGAUAGUCAGUCAGCUGGCUGUGCAGAUGGCCUCCCUGUACUGA